AUGGGUAUCCAGCUACAAGUCGCUCCUCCAGUCACCGUCGACAUGUCUCCCAAUGCCCCGCUGCCUAUGUAUACACCGAAUCCAUCAUUCCAGGACAUUCAGUUCUCAAGUCAUCCACAGCCCCGCUAUGUUACCACCGUUGCCGAAGUCCCCGAACCCGUGGAAGGUGUCCCUGCUUCAGCUUCACCACCCUCUACAGCAACAAGAUUCAAUACCGACCCUCUGAGCGGAAAUGGACCUCAGAUGAACACCUCAAGCAGCACCAACAACGGAAACAAUUCGGCGAUCAUUAUCAAACCUCGGUCACCACAACCCGUUUCUCCAACAAAACCGGCUGCCACUACCCACUACAAACCACCCGCGGUUCCUUCUGCCUGGGGGUUGAUCCGCCCCUCGGACGAAUCCUCCACAAGCUCAACAGCAGCUGCCAAUCAUUUCGCCAUCACCGGUCGCCAUCCCACCAACAGAGUAAACCAACAGUUUGAGCAUUCGAUUGCAAGGCGCUCCAAGUGUAUCAUUGUCGGUAACGCCAACACCAGCGCCAGUAAAUCCCAUGAUACCUUUGUAUCACCGUCUCCAGUACACCUGCCCCUGCACAUGCACAACCACGACAUCCGCAACAGCCCCUACGCACUGGAAGAUAUCCAGUUCUCGAGCCAUCCAAGACCCAAUGUGGCGAUCGUCAUUCAGGCCGACGAAAACACCACCACUUGUGGAUCGACCACGAUCUGA